AUGACAGUUCUUCAUGCAGAAUUUUCGUUAAAGAGCGACCAGACAUAUCCAAAUCAAUCGGAUGCCUUCAAGGAGAGCGCCUUGGUGACAAUUCAAUUGCUGCCCUCACAGCCAUCAUAUUUUGACAGAUCUGGGUCAUCCAGUUGCCUUGGGUCUUGUAGUGGAUCCAGUUUCUUCCAAUGUACGAGCCCAACCUUUAGUUGUCUUACCGCUAGCGACCGUAACAUUACGAGGAAUGUUGAAAUGUACGCGAAUAGCUCCCUGCGUGGCGAUGAGGGAGCGGCCAUUUUCAAAAAACGUACGCACAGCGAGGCCGAGAUGCUCACUUGUCCAAAUCAUGCCGUCAACUGA